AAUGCUGCAAGCUGACGCCGCGAAUACAACCGACUUCAGUAAAAGCCAUUCUGCCGUUCCAUUUAAUCUGAGCAUAAUGCUCAACCCGAUAGAGGCCGACCAAAUGGGCAAAGAGCGUAAGAGUGUCUCUACUGUGUGUACACAGUGUUUAUGGUCCAGCUUGAGGCGUCUGCCAUAUACGAUUAAACUAAACAAAUUCCAGAUCACUCUCCCACCGACUGUUCAGAUAAACGGAAGCGGCUGCUACAUUGCAAUCAUACCACAAUUAACUCGACCACGGCACUCUCAUAAAUCCAGUGACGACAUGCUUUAA